GCGUGUUUGGAGUUUUAAUAGUUCUGAGUAUCUUUACAGAGUAACACUCUUUGUUAGCUUCAGGUUAGCUGGCUGCUGUCGGCUCCCUGAGUCUGUAGUGCAGGUUUAGCGUGUGGCAAACAUUAGCCUCGGUGCGACAGUGUAAGUUCACCGCCAGCCGGAGAUGUGUGUCCAGGAGCCGAUCAGCUAACGCCGCAGCACGUCACACGGCAGCCGGCUGCCUGCUAGCUGUUCGCUACUUUACCCGACAGUCAAAUGGCCCUGCUGCAGGUGUAUUAGCUAGCCCGGCUCUGUCUGUCAGCAUGGGAGACGAUAACGGACUUAACGGGGACCUGAACGCCAACUUGCGGUGUCAGAGCACCGGCGACCCGCGGCUGGACAAAGCGGUGCACCAGUGGCUGAUCUGGGACCAGAACCGCUGGACUCGGGCUCAGGUGGAGUCUCUGGUGGCGGCGGGUCGUGUGGACGAGCUGAGGACGAGGCUCUGCAGCAGGAUGAGCUUCGGCACGGCGGGACUCAGAGCGCCGAUGGGCGCCGGAUUCAACCGGAUUAACGACCUCACCGUCAUCCAGUCCACACAGGGUUUAUAUUCGUACCUGUCCAGGUAUUUUGCAGACUUCAGCAGCAGAGGAGUGGUUGUGGGUUUUGACACCAGAGGGCAGGAGGAGAGCGGCUGCAGCAGUCAGCGUUUGGCGAAGCUGACGGCGGCCGUGAUGCUCAGCAGAGACGUUCCUGUUCAUCUUUUCUCCACGUUUGUGCCGACGCCGUACGUGCCGUACGCCGUGAAGAAGCUGGGAGCGGCGGCCGGAGUGAUGAUCACCGCCUCACAUAAUCCUAAAGAAGACAACGGAUACAAGGUGUAUUGGUGUAACGGCGCUCAGAUCUCCUCACCUCACGACAAGGAGAUCCUGCGGAGUAUCGAGGAGCAGCUGGAGCCAUGGAGCGCCUCCUGUUGGGAUGAGGAGCUGGUGGAGAGCUGCUCCCUGAGGACCGACCCCCUGGCACAAAUCGGCAGUUGCUACAUGGACGAGCUCACCUCCCUCUGCUUCCACAGGGAUCUGAACAGAAGUUGUCCAUUGAAGUUUGUCCACUCAUCGUUCCACGGUGUCGGACACACCUUUGUCCAGCAGGCCUUCCACUCCUUUGGCUUCGCUCCGCCGAUCCCCGUCCCUGAGCAGAAAGACCCUGAUCCCAACUUCUCCACCGUCCGUUGCCCCAACCCCGAGGAGGGAGAGUCAGUGCUGGAGCUUUCUCUUAAUCUGGCCGAGGAGGAAAACGCUCGAAUCGUUCUGGCAACGGAUCCUGAUGCUGACCGUUUGGCUGUCGCAGAGAAGUCUGACGGGUGCGGUUGGAAGGUGUUCACGGGUAAUGAGCUGGCGGCCCUGUUGGGUUGGUGGAUGUUCUUUAAUUGGAAGGAGGCUCAUCCAGAUCCUGCAGACGUUCAGAAGGUGUUCAUGUUGGCCACCACCGUGUCGUCUAAGAUCCUGCAGGCCUUCGCUCGCAUCGAGGGAUUCCACUUUGAGGAAACUCUUCCUGGGUUUAAAUGGAUCGGGAACAGAAUACAUGAACUUUCCAAAACAGGAAACACGGUCAUAUUUGCCUUCGAGGAGUCGAUCGGUUUCCUGUGCGGCAAUUUGGUCCCUGAGAAAGACGGCGUGAGCUCGGCGGCCGUCGUGGCUGAAAUGGCCGCUUACCUCCAAAAUAAGAACCUGAGUCUGAACCAGCAACUGCACAACAUCUACCAGACGUAUGGAUAUCACGUGUCUAAAACCUCCUACGUGGUCUGUAACGACCCCCCCACCAUCCAGAAGAUCUUCAGCCGGAUCAGAAACUUUGACGGCGAAGGAUCGUACCCGAAGACGUGCGGCGGCGUCCGGAUCGUCCACGUCAGAGACGCCACCACAGGAUACGACAGCAGCCAGCCCGACCUCAGAUCUGUACUUCCUGUGACGAGGAGCAGUCACAUGAUCACCUUCAGUCUACAGAACGGCGUCGUGGCCACGCUGAGAACCAGCGGCACCGAACCCAAAAUCAAAUACUACACCGAGUACUGCGCCGCCCCGGGGACCAGCGCGGCGUCCGGUCUGGAGGACGAGCUCGGGAGGAUCACGGCCGCCCUCCUGGACGAGUUCCUGGAGCCCGAGAGGAACAACCUGAUUCGCCGCUGCGUCUAGCUCCGCCUGCCUUGUACCUCCUGUUGAUGAUGUCACAUCCUGUUGUGUGUUGUAGACGAAUUAGAGCAGCCGCCGCCGCUUCACUCUGUGGUGUCGAUAAAGAUCAUGUUAGAGAUUAAACUACGAACUAUUUAGUUGCAGGUCUGAAGUGUGUCCUUCCUUUGUUACCGUACAGCAGAGAGCAUGAUGGGUAAACGAGUCCAACCAAAGAGUAGUGUCCUCUCGUUGUGAUUGGUUAUCAGGACAGAUGCUGCAGCAACUACUGUGAAGUAUUUACAAAAGUAUUUUCAUGGAAAUUAAGUGAGACUUGAAAUAAAUUCACUUUAUACGGAAGUUAAUUAACGACAAAAUGACUCGGGCAACAAAACAAAUGUACGGCGGCCUGUUGCUGCCACAGAUGAGAAAAUUUCUUAAUUUUAACAAGAUGCUUUUCAUUUUUCUCAUCAUUACUACAAAGAAAUAAUUUAGUUUUGAGAAAAAAAACGUUAUGUUGUGACCUAAUUUUACCUUGUUACAUCAUAAAUGUCUCACUACACAAAUAAAUGUUCCACGUUAUUAAAUAUUAAGUUGUUAUAAUGAGACAUUUAUGUAUGUUGUCAAAAUGUUCCUUGCUUUAAUGUCCUAAAGUCUUUUCUUUUCAGCUCAUUAAACUUAUUGGAGUUGAAACUAUUAGAAGAAUAAUUCAUUGGUCGACUGACAGAAAAUCAUUCUGCAACACUUUUGAUAAUUAGUUUUGGUUUUUGGACUGUUGGUGUGACUAAAACAAGACAUUUAAAGAUAAUCAAUAUUAAUAGAUUGAUGACAAUCAUUAUUCCGUCCUCACUCAGAUGGGAUUUUACAUUUGUUUUUCUGUUCAACAGUUUUGUGGUUAAUGAACUUCCAUACAUGUUUCUUUAAUCAAUCAGAAAAUCAGCUUUGUGUUUUUGAUGUUUAGCUGAAUGUUGAAGUUUUGCUUCCACGCUCUGUGGUGGUUAUUUAUUUUUAUACUGCGAUAAAAGAUAUUUAUGUUCAUGUUGUGUUGAAGGAUCGAUCAGCUCCAUGUAGAGUUAGUUAAAUGUGUUCAGUUUGCUGUUAAUGUGGUUCAAUAAAACUGAAUUAAACUUCAAAA